AUGACUGUAGAGUUUGACUCCAUGAGGACAGCAAACGAUUUUGGCUACAUGACGACAGGAAAAAAAGAGUUGGGCUAUAUGAUGACUGCAAAAUCAGUUUGACUCUAUGAGGACAAUAAUCGUUUUUGGCUACAUGAUGAAAGAAAAUGGAUUGUGGCUAUAUGAUGACUGUAUUUCGCGAAUUUGGCUCCAUGAUGGUAGUAAAUUACUUUGGCUACAUGACGACUGUAAAUAGAAUAAGGCUACGUAAAGAGAGUUUGACUGUAUGCUGACACUGAAGAAAGACUAGCUGGAGGAUAACACUGCGAAUCAUGAAAUUUCAUUCGGUAAAAUGAAGCGGAGAAGAGAAAUAUGCCUGUGGCGAGUGUUUGGUUGUCUUGUUUUUGCGGUGGCUUGCAGAGCAAAUCAUUCAGUUAGAACGGUUAUGUUACUCAAGUCUGGUUCUACAAACAACUUUGAUACUAUGUGGAAUACUGACGGAGCCAUCAACGAUCCCCAUGGCAACAAAUCACUUAUUCAGUUUGUUGACCAGUUGGCCAGUAGUACCGACUUUAAAGCUGAUAUAGAUCAGGCUUGGGGAGAUAUCACAGAGCUGGAAAUCAUUGGAUACAACGCCCUUGGUGACGAAUUGUUUUACGCAGAGUUUGAUGUUGCUGGCAAGAAUAUAUCACAAGUUAAUAGUUGGUUUAUAGGAUCAGAUCUUGUAGAUACAUCAUUUGGUAUCUCAAAUCCUAGUACUGUAGUAAGAGAUGGGGAUAAAGAACUCAUUAUUGCGACAAAUUCAAACGAGGCUUGGUUUUCCAUACUCCAUCCUGCGUCAGGAGUUGACCCGAAGAUUGUGUUAGCUGUGAAUUCCUCUGCUGCAUUGACAGUAGAUAGUAUAGGUGAGUUGGACUCCCUGUCACCAAAUGCCGAGUCGGUGCCACUGCUCACCUUGACUCACACAGGAGGAUACAUCUAUAUUAUUAAUGUUUCUGUAGAACUGUUUUCGCGAGGAUGGACUGAUGGGUUUAUCUAUAUUGAUCGGAUCAGCAUCAAUGCUACAAAUUCCACAGGCCAUGCAAUGCUGUUUUCAUUUGAAUACCUAAGCAACUCUAUAGAUAAAUUCAGCGAAUACGACGAUAAUGGAAAUCAUUACUUUGAUACAGACGGUACCCCUUUAGAUAUACAUGUAUUGCUUGUAGAAGGACUCCGUAUUUCGUAUGAGUGGGAUGUUGAACAGUCGACUAUUGAGUUGUAUGGACCAACAGCAAAUUCCUACGUUGAUGUUCCAAUGAUUGCGGUUUUGGCACACUUAGGAGACUCAACACAUACAGUGUCUACCACAGAUUCAGGAACAACAACAAAUUCGGGAAACUCCACCACAGUGGGGUCAGGAACUACGACUGAUACUGUAACUACAACAGACUUUCCAUCAACUACAACAUCAUCGGAAGUGACCUCCCUUUAUCAUGUUUAUCCAAAUCUCACCGUGUCUGUAAAUGGUACUCUGUAUUGUCCGUGUAAUCAAACUAGCAACAUUUCAACAACCCUAAAUCUCACAUCCAUAUACCAGGACAGUAACAAAACGUUUGAGGAACUAAUUGCAGAUUUGACAUUAGACGCAGAUACUCUAUCAUCUAAUACAAGAAAGUACGUAAGUGCCAGCGAUGAUCGAGCAUCCGCUGCAACUUUAGGGACGGUCGGCAUUGUCAUUAUAGUGUCUACUGUCUCAUUCAUUGUGUACAUGGAUAGUGCUAGACUGGUACAGGAAGCGUCAAAGAUUCGGAAAAAUUAUAAAAUACUAAAGAAAAGACUUUCAAAAAGAAGUUUACGAGUAGAAACAAUAAAGGUUGAGUGCAAAGAAGAUCAACAAGAUAUUCCCGAUAUUCUAAAAUAAUUACAACUUAUUAACUAUUAUUAUUAAAAUAUUCAUGUAAGUCUUACCUAAGAAAGUAAGUGAAAUUGAAAUUAAAACAAUAGUUUAAAUGAAUAUUGGAUAUAAGGUCAAAUCAUUUACCCCAUGUGGUUCUGGGACAAUUUGUGUAUGAAAAGAAUUGGAACCACUGCCUUACCCUUGCAUGAUCGUAAGAGGCGACUAAUAGUGUCUUAACACUUGGUUUUGCAGUAAUUCUGUGAUUCCAGCAGGUAUGCAAAUUUUGAUUCCAUACCUCAUGUUUUUAUUUCGAUGUAAAUGAGAUAUGGAACCAAAAUGUGUAGUCCUGUUGGCGCCAUAUAACCUAUACUGUGUUGGUUCGCCGUAAAACCCAAAUAAAAUAAAUAAAUUAUCAUAAUCAUUAUUGGUAUCACAUUCCAAAAGCGUUUCAACAGCUUACUUACGGAGCCAUAUCUAAUUAAACCACAAGUCGAGUCGAGUUGAUAUUUAGUGUGAUUGUUUAUAUUGGCUAUAGCUCUUUGACUGCAUUUUUAGAACAGAACAGAAAUUUUAUUAUAGAUUUGUACAUAGAACAUCAUCUUUAAAACAUUUAAUAUUUUCAUAUGAUAAACAUAUAUGUAGUCGCAUUAAAAUAUGUAUUGUAUGGGCAUAAGAGACAAUUUAAGUCAAGUAUGACCAUUGUUAUUGUCUCUGAUCUCUUUAAAAAUGAUCAUUUAUUUCUGACCAUUGUAUAUAAAUUAAUUUAAGUUAAUAUUAUAUUUAUGAUCUUUGUAGUAACAAGAGGAUGUUUUCCAUCAAAUGCAGCCACCGGAAUCUGCACAAAUAUUUCAGAGUUAGUGUCUUAUAAUCAAAUAGAUCUAGAAGCUUUAAAUGUUUUGUCUAACAGGUACCCCAUUUUUCUAAUGGUAUGUCACUUUGAGAAAAUAUUUUGUGAAAAUGUUUGUAUUUGCUCAUAGCUGCUUUCCUGCAUAUCUUUGUAAACUAAUCUACUGUGACCAAAGGUAUUUUUUGCUGAUCACUUUUCCUUGUAUAGAAUCUUAUAAAUGUUUGUUUAAGCACGAGGAUGUUUCCCAACAAAUGCAGUCAGGAUCUCCACAGUGAUACUAGAAUUAGUGCCCUUUCUUUAAAUAGAAACUGUAUUUUUGUCCAUUAGGUAUCGUUACCUUUCUUUGUAAAUGCUGGAUUCACUAUUGUUCGAUGACGUGAGUGUUUGUAUAUACACAUAGCUUACUUUACUUGCUUAAUCCUCCUCGCCUCAAGUAGAGCACUGGGCCUACAAAACAAUCUUCAAGUCCUAGGCUGCCAUAGCUCCAUUCCAUGUAGAAUACAUCACGUUGCGACUGGUCGUCCUGGCCUCUUCUUGCCUUAAGAAUUUCAGUCAAGCGCAUGUCUUGAGAGGCUGGCAGGAGAUCUUCUGAGGAUAUGGCCGAAUUAUCUUUAUUUUCGUCCAUUUAUAGUUCUCACAGUCCUUGGUCAGUCAUAGCUGUUUCCCUGCAAGAAUUGAAAUAUUUUUACUGAUAUCUUUAUCAUAUCUUUAGAUGAUAUUGUAUUCUACUGGUGUAUAAGCAGGAGGAUGACUUUUCAAGUCUGGAUAUGCACCUUUAUUACCAGUUACUACCCUGUUUUAAUUAAAACUGCAUUUUUCGCAUAGCCCAUGAAUUUUUUGACAUCCUUUUCAGUUCAUUGAAUCUGCUUCUGUUUUAAAAUAUUUUCAGUGUUAAGCAUGAGUCAAACUAUAUCCGAUAUUUUUAUACUUUCAUCAAUGUAUCCUCCUUUUUGGCACAUCAAAAAAUAUCAUCAGUAAAAGCAGUAUCCAGCGUCCACUUUAAGACGAGGUAAUGUAAGAUUUUUUAACUGAAUUGGAUAAAAAAUCAGUUUAUAAUUUAAUAAUUGAUAAUUUACUUUAUAAGAUUAACAUUCAGGAUUGUAUUACUAUAUAUGAUAAUAAACAGAAAUAAAAGAAUACGAGGGUUGUCCCAGAAAAUGGCAAACUUUCUUUAUUACAGUUAGUGCUAGACUAGCCGGCGCACACUUAAUUUUACCAAUACUUUUAACUUUUAAAUUCACGUAACUUUCCCAAUAUGCAUCUCACACAAUUAAAACUUAAUAUAUCGUCGUUAAGCAUUGAAUACUCAAAUAAUAUGAGAGGUAUUCAAUUUUAAACUCUAUAGUCCUUUCGAGUAUACAUUGAAAUACCAACAGUUAAAAUAAUUAUUUCAUGCGUCGCUUAUUUUUGAAAUAAUAAGAAAAGCUCUCGAUUUUCUGGGACAAUCCUCGUAUAUAAAGAUAAUAUUCACCACACACCACGGUUGUGUUAUACGAACAAAAAACAAUAAAAAAAAACAUUUUCAAUAAAACAAGAGCUGUCCGUAAGACAGCCAAGUUCGACUAUUCGAAAUAUUGUCCCAGAAGCAGGAAAAUAUUACCCAAAAAGGUUAAAUAUCAAAAGAGUUUUAAGUUCAAAAGGGGGCAUAAUUUGACCAAAAUGCAUAUCAGUUAUGGGACUUGCUGCUAUCAACUAGUUUUAUAACCCCGAAGGCACAUGUGAAGCUUCAGUUCAAUAUCUGCAUUAGUUUUGGAGAUAGAAACUCGCAUGUAAAACUUUAACCAGAAUUUUCAAAGUCCAAAAGGGGGCAUAAUUUGCCCAAAAUACUUGCCAGAGUUAUGGGACUUGACCCAGUGAGGUUGGUAAUUGAUCUAGAAAAAGAAAAAAUAAGUUUCAAACCUUUUAGUAAUUGCU